AGGUCUCAACCAUAUUUCAGUUUCAAAGCAAAAAACACUAUAUAUAGUCAACUUACAGUACUAUUUCUUUUCAAUAGGGUUUCUCACUUAUUACAAUUAGUUCCCAAAUGAACAAACUCAGACAGUCAUCAUUUGACGAGUACAUAUCCACGUGUUCCUCUUCGGAAGCGAGCUCAUCCAACAAUAACAAGUCAUCGCCGCCAAAUGCCUCCAUCGACUACGACGAAGCGAUAACGUUGGCGUCAUCGAGGCCGAAGAAGCGUGCGGGGAGAAGAAUCUUCAAGGAAACGAGGCACCCGGUGUACCGAGGAGUGCGUAGGAGGAACAACAACAGGUGGGUCUGCGAGCUUCGCGUUCCAAACACCAAGUCCAAACGGAUAUGGCUCGGGACCUACGCCACACCUGAGAUGGCGGCGCGUGCCCACGACGUCGCCGCACUCGCGCUUCGCGGGAAGUCAGCCUGCCUCAACUUCGCAGACUCCGCCUGGCGACUACUCCCUUUGCUCCCGGCGCCUACUGAUGGCGCCGAAGAGAUAAGGAGAAUGGCCGCCGAGGCUGUGAAGACAGUUACAGUUGAGGACGGUUAUAGUAAUAACCGACGUCCAGUAAGUACGGGCAGUGCGGUUACUGAGUACGAGGUUUGCAGCGGUGAGAGCGGGGUGGAAGAAGAUGUAAAGAAGGAUUUGAUUGUUGAUACUAACAAUGAUGAUUAUUACAUGCAUGAUUGGGUUCGGAGCAUGACGGAGGAGCCGUUACGAUCUCCGCCUCCAUUUUUCAGAUACGAUUUUGGCAGUAGCAGUAGUCAUAGGGAAUGGAAUGAUAUGGAGGUUGAUGCCGAGGUGUCACUGUGGAGCUUUUCCAUUUGAUUUUAUUUGAUUUGAUGUAUAGCUUUUGAUUAUUAUUCAGUGUGCAAACGUUUUAUUGUUUUGUACUUUGACUUAGUUUAGUUUUCUUCUGCUUUUCUUGUUUCCUAUCUUAUCAUUGGUUUUAUUCAUUUCGUACAUAAUUCUAGGAGUGAGGGAAUUUAUGUACAAACUGGGAAUAAUUAUUACAUGGACAUAGGAGACCAUGAAGAGGAGUAAAACCGCUUGUGUUUUUGUAAUUCUCGUUAAAAAUAUUUAAGAAAUAAUAAAAACUUUUUUUUGAAACAGUUUAAAAAUA